GCUGAGCGACGGACCAAAAUUGCAUUACUAAUGGCAGCGGCCGCCCGCAAUAGCCAUAUAGAUAUAAAGUAUAAAAGUUUAUUAUAAUUCAAUGGUAAAGUUUAUAAGAUUGCACUUAAAAUAAAUUUAAAAAAUGCCUGCCGAUUCAAAUAUUAUUGUAACGGGUGAUGAGAGAAAAAAUACAAUUCUAUUUCAAAGUCUCCCAGAGAGAUCGAAACAUGAAGAUUUUUUGAGAAGGGCGGUAGAUCUGUUAGUAGAGAGAGUGGUUUUUGGCAGAUCUUCUCGAAGUUCUAAAGUUGUAGAGUGGGCAGCUCCUGAGGAUAUCAAAAAGGCCAUAGAUUUGAAGCCUCGGGAUGGACCUGCGACUCAUGACGAACUCCUGGCUUUCAUGGCUGAUGUCGCCCGAUAUUCCGUUAAUACAGCACACCCAUACUUCGUCAACCAACUUUUCUCAUCCGUUGAUCCUUACGGUCUUGUCGGUCAGUGGUUGACAGAUGCUCUCAAUCCUAGCGUAUACACUUUCGAAGUUGCUCCAGUUUUUACUUUGAUGGAAGAAGAAGUUCUGCGAGAGAUGAGGGAGAUUGUUGGAUGGUCAGAUGGAGAAGGUGAUGGAAUCUUUUGUCCUGGAGGUUCCAUAGCUAAUGGGUAUGCUAUAAGCUGUGCACGAUACCACUUCUACCCAGAAACUAAGAGUAAAGGUGUUUACGCAGUUCCGAAUUUAGUAAUCUUCACGUCUGAGCUUGCUCAUUAUUCAACGAGAAAAAUGGCCGCUUUUAUGGGGAUUGGUAACGACAACUGUAUCGCGAUAAAGGCCGAUGAAUUGGGUAAAAUGGACGUGGAAGACCUGGAGAAGAAAAUCAACGAAACAAUCGAAGGCGGUUCUACGCCUUUUAUGGUUACUGUAACAUCGGGUACAACGGUAUUUGGAGCCUUUGAUCCCAUAGCGCCUGUUGCUAAUUUGUGUAAGAAGUACAACCUCUGGUUACACGUAGACGCAGCUUGGGGAGGCGGUGCUCUAAUGUCGAAAACACAUAGGCAUCUUUUAAAUGGUAUUGAAUUGGCGGAUUCUGUAACAUGGAAUCCACACAAACUGUUGGCUGCACCACAACAAUGCUCAACCUUCCUGACAAGACAUAAACGUGUCCUCGAAGAAGGACACUCAUCGAAUGCAAAGUAUCUCUUUCAGAAGGAUAAAUUUUAUGAUACAUCGUAUGACACUGGCGACAAACACAUUCAAUGCGGUCGAAGAGCUGACGUCUUGAAAUUCUGGUUCAUGUGGAAGGCGAAAGGUACCGAAGGCUUUGAGAAACAUAUCGACAAACUCUUCGACAAUGCGAGCUUCUUCCUUGAACACAUUAAGCACAGAGAAGGUUUUCAGCUCGUUCUCGAAAAGCCAGAGUGUACCAAUAUCAUGUUUUGGUACGUUCCUAAGUGUCUUCGAGGUUGUGAAAACGAACCGACCUACAACGAAAGGCUACAUAAGGUCGCACCGAAAAUAAAAGAACGAAUGAUAAAAGAAGGCAGCAUGAUGGUCACGUAUCAACCGCAAGGCAAUCUCGUCAAUUUUUUCCGCAUUGUAUUUCAAAACUCUGCACUUGAUCACAAGGAUAUGGUUUACUUCGCUAACGAGUUCGAGCGCCUGGGAUCGGAUAUAGUUGUUUAGAUUACUUAGAUAGAAGCAAUGCUUGAAUAAUCUUGUAUUAUCCAACAUUUAAUUUUAUUACAUCAUUUAUCAUCUGUGAUUUUUAUUUAUAAAAGGUUUUUUUUUAAUCUGUAAAAAUAAAAUAACGAUAUUAAACAUUAUGUCAAUUAGAUUAUAAUAUGUUAAUAAAUGUAUUUAUUAUGAAA